UCGACACAUAUACAAUUACACGACUGUAUGAUACUGAAGAGAUGUUCCUUGUACGAUAGGAUCUUUGAGUUUUUAUUUACCUACCUAUUGUGAUGUGAGUCUGACAGCAUUUGACAAUUAGCAUCGCCCAACUACCAAAAGCCAAAGUAUAAUCAAGUAUUCAAGAAUCAAGUGUCAUUCAAAACUGCGUUGGCAUUCUAAUCAUUCGAUUAUUAUUAAAUUACAUUAGAAAAUACCAUAACGCCUUAUGUUAUUGACGAUUUAACUUGUUUUUGGAGAGUCAUAGUAUAGCGUUUUGACUCUUGCACCAAUGAAAUGCAAUAUACGUGAACUUGCUCUUCUGAGCGAUAAACCUUGUGUGUUAGAAGGAAGAUUAAACUACAAAAAGGUUUCAAAUGGAAGUUACCGAAAUCAAGCAGUUUUUAAGGAGAGGUGGUUUCGACUUAUUAACAAUUUUUUGUUUUAUUUUAAAAUAAGUGAAAUGGGAAAGUUCGAUACUAGAAAUCCUGCUGGAAUGUUUGUUUUAGAAAACUCUUCAAUACAAAUGGAACAUGGACAAAGUAUAUCAUUUUCAUUUUCUAUAUCAUUUAUAGAUGAGCCAGAAAAAAAACAUAUAUUUGCUGCUCGUAGUGAAGAUAAUGUAGUUCAAUGGGUUAUGAAGCUACGCCAAUGUUCUUAUGAGUAUUUAAGAAAUCGACUUCAUACUCUGCAAUCGAAAAUAUUUUCUAUUACUGGCAAGGAUCCUCUUUUGUUAGUGCCAAGAAAUGAUGGUGCUUGUUUAUGGGCUCCGGCUGAACCAUUUUCAACUGUUCCUGCUUGUACAUUGAACACUACUUCAUUUAGUUGUCAUCUUCAUACCAAUGGUGCCUUCACACUUGAACGAAGUAAAUCUGAUGUACAAGCAUAUAAACAUUUACAUGCAGAGUAUAUGAAUAAAACCACUUUUUAUGUAAGUGAGUCCAAACAGGAAGAGGCCAAGGUGGACCAAAGUUAUACUCUAGAAAAAAGUAAAACAUCAUCAAUCUUAGCUGAUAAUUUAAAUCCUAUUGAUAUAUCAAUUUUUGACAAUCGUCCUGCAUUUUCUCGUGCAGCUCCAAGUCCCCCGGUGCGAAAGAAGUUGUCACCAGGAACCAGACACAUUGAAUUAAACAAAGAAGUUAAGUUGUUUACAGAUAAAGGUAAAAAUUUAGGACAAAUGGGAAUUUUAGAUGUACCAGUACCACCAAAAAGAAAAAUGUCACCAAAACCUGUAGAUACCAGUAGUGUGGAUAAGAACAAUGUUUAUCAUAGUACAGACAUUAUUCAAGAUAAAGCUAGUGAAGACCUUAUUAAAUUUUAAUUGUUUCUGUAUCUGUAACAGUUGCAUUCAUCCCACCAAGUAUUUUUUAGAAAACUAUUGCCUCCAACAAGUGAUAGUUGAUACAUAGUAUUCCUAUUUUUAUAUAAAUGAAUAACAUGUUUUUUACAUUGUGAUAUGAGUAUUUGUGUAGUGUGUCGCUUUAAGAAAUAUAACAUAUUUCUAUAAUUAAAAAUAUACAGUAAAGUGAGAAACAACAUUGAAGACAUUUUAAGUUAUAAACUCGGGCUAAUAUUUUUUAAAUAUGUUUAGAACAUAAUUGAGUAUAUUAAAAAUUAUAAUACAAUUUGAAACCUCGAGUAUACAAAUACCAUUAUGUUC